AUGGCUACAUCAUCAUCAUCAUCAACAACAACAACAACAAUGACAACAUCACCACAACCAAAGCCCACCACCAGCUUCAUGUCCCUCCCCCUUGAGCUCCGCUUCCAAAUCUACUCCCUCCUGCUCACCAUCCCCCCUCGCCCAAAAUCCUCCUCCACCACCCAGGAAAUGGCCGCCUGCUCCUCCUCCGCCCCCAUCUACGUCUACCCAGCCAUCCUCCAGACCAGCCGCCAAAUCAACUACGAGGCCACGCCCUUCCUCUACUCCGAAAACAUGUUCGUCGCCCAUCCAACGCUGCUGGCCUCGUUCCCGCGCCUGCGCUCCUGGUACCCGCCCAUGAGGGAGGCCAACGCCCUCGUGCCGCUCAUCCACCGCUUCCACGUCCAGGUACCGCUCGACAUGGAACUUUCCUACGACCGUGCCGCCGCGGCAAAGUCCUUUACGGGCGUGGACGAGCUGUCUAUCGAUCUGCGGCAGAACACGUUUCUGGGCGUCAGCUGCAACAACUUGACUGUCUUUGAUGCUGUGCGCGGCGUCAAGAAGGUGUAUAUCGGCGGAAGCACCACCGGCUUCGAGGACUACAUUGCCUGGCUCAAAGACGCCAUGACGAGUCCCGUAGGAGCAGAGAUUGCUCCCUUUGAGGCGCAGACACAGUCGCCGUGGGCGUACAUCUGGAGCAAACACGCCAAUCUGUGGAGUCCCUCAACAGCACUUGUUGGUAAACAAGAAGCAUAA